UCCACCUGGCACAUGCUGCCCAGCUAUGGGGACCUUUGACCUGUGGACAGAUUACCUGGGUUUGGCACGCCUGGUUAGGGCUCUCAGUGGGAAAGAGGGGCCUGAGACCAGGCUGAGCCCCCAGCCAGAGCCAGAGCCAGUGCUGGAACCAGUGUCAGCGCCGGAGUCAGUGUCAGUGCCAGAGUCAGUGUCAGGGCCGGAGUCGGUCCCAGUGCCAGGACCCAAGGAUCAGAAGCGCAGCCUGGAGUCUUCACCAGCUCCCGAACGCCUGUGCUCUUUCUGCAAACACAACGGCGAGUCCCGGGCCAUCUACCAGUCCCACGUGCUGAAGGACGAGGCCGGCAGGGUGCUGUGUCCCAUCUUGCGGGACUACGUGUGCCCCCAGUGUGGUGCCACGCGUGAGCGUGCCCACACCCGACGCUUCUGCCCGCUUACUGGCCAGGGCUACACCUCCGUCUACAGCCACACCACCCGAAACUCAGCAGGCAAGAAGCUGGUCCGUCCUGACAAGGCGAAGACGCAGGACACAGGCCACCGCCGAGGAGGAGGAGCAGGUGCCUGCACAGGUGGCUGGGGGGACCUGUCCGAGAGUAAUGGCUGA